UUAAACACAAGCCGACGUGAAAUGAGAUGAUAUUACACUACAUAGCCAAGAUGGUAGGGGUGCACAAUAGCCGGUCCCUCCCCACUCACAAGAGUUUAUAGAUGGCGCCUGGACCACCGGUGUCUGUGUGAUCUUGUGCUCAUAUCGUGUCAAGUCUGAGAAUGCAGUACAUCGGGCACACAUGGCCCGGCGCACAUUGGCUGCUGCACCCGAUGGUGUCUACUGGUGUGGAAAUGUGAAUGGGCCCACCAAACCCGACGUGAGGCAGCAGCACCGCCGCCACUGACUGCUUCAGCAACGAGGUAGUUUCUGUUGGCCGUGUUACCGUAUGCCCUGCGCUGUCGCUAUCGCUGUCACCGCACUUGUCCGCCAUGCUUUCGCCACCAACGCCAGAACCCAGCAGAACUGCAGUAGUUAGGAGUGAAUGCCUGAUUUUCAUUUGAUGUUACCUUUGAUGAACAAAUACACAGCAAAGAGAUGAUGGCUGUCCUUGUAUAUGUAGUGGUUAGGUUGCAGGUGCCCCUCCUGCUGUUGAAAGGGUGGCCGAAUAUCGACAAGUCUCGUCCUCCUGGUCACUUGGCUGGACAAGACACUGGGCAGAUCCGCCUUGGGCGUAAACAAACAAUGCAAGGCGUCUAUUGAUCAGUAACGCAAUAUAAUCCAC